CACCCCUGCAGGCCAACAAGGUGGAAUUCCCGACCUGGAUGCGCACACCACGAUGAAAGCCAUCAUCGCUGUCCCUGCCAUCGCUGGCCUCGUCUACCGGGCCUGGUCGCAUAAAUCGCUCACCAGCCUCGGUCUCGUUGCGGCCGGCCUGACAGCUUCCGCCCACGCUCUGCAUCCAUGGUCCGCCCCGUUUAUCCUUCUCGCUGUUUUCUACCUUGGGGGUACUCGAGUGACCAAGGUCAAACACGAGAUCAAAUCCCGGCUGACCCUCUCCGCGACCGGCUCCGACGGCGGCGAAGGCCCGCGCACCCACGUCCAGGUUCUCGCCAACUCCAUCGUCGCUACCGUGCUCAUCCUCGCCCAUACCUACGUCCUUGCGAAGAAGUCCACCCCAAGCCACAAUGCAAGCCGAUGUUUCUCAAACGGCCGCGACGUCGCGGACGUGCUGAUGAUUGGUAUCGUCGCGAACUACGCCGCCGUCGCCGCCGACACCUUCUCCUCCGAGCUCGGCAUCCUCUCCAAAUCGAAACCCCGGCUGAUCACCUCGCCCACCCUCCGCGUCGUGCCCCCGGGCACUAAUGGCGGUGUCACGGGCACCGGGCUUCUGGCGGGUGUGUUUGGCGCGUUCACGAUCGCGCUCUCGUCCGCUGCGUUUCUGCCGUUUUGCUCGCAGGAUGAUACGCUGAGGGGUCGCGUGGGGUGGGUCCUGGGUGUUACUGCUUGGGGCGCUUUGGGGAGUGUAUUGGAUAGUGUUCUGGGGGGGUUGUUUCAGGCUAGUGUUGUGGAUAAGCGGACUGGAAAGGUUGUUGAGGGGUCGGGGGGGAAGAAGGUCCUUAUUCACCCUUCUUCGACGAAACCCGGUGUACCUGCCAACACCAUCGGGCUGACCCCGGCGCAUAGCGCCUCGGGGGCUCAGCUGCGGGCGACGGAGACGGUUGCCAAUACGGCGGCGCUGAGAGGGAGCAGAGCCACUCAGACCUCCGUUGGGUCUUCUUCUGGGGAGACGGACGAAGGGCAUCAUGAGAGUCGGCGGGUCGAGAGCGGGCGCGAUAUUCUGGAUAAUAAUGCUGUCAAUGUGUUGAUGGCUCUUAUUAUGAGUGUCGGGGCUAUGGGUGUUGCUGCUUGGGCUUGGGGCUUAGAUGUUACGGAGUUGACUGUCUGGUGAUUUGGCGUAUAUGAUGUGGGAAUGCUACGCUUGAAAGCAUUGUGCUGAUUGAUAAUGGCAUCUAUUUUCAGGGUUUCGAUGUUGACUUAGCGGGAUCACUGAUGAUUAAGAAGUUGAAUUAUUCGAUGAUUUUUUUAGGAUAGUUCUUUUUAUGGCUGAUGAGGCGGGUCCUACAUGACGGUGCAAGGAGCUUGGCGUUUGCUGUCCGCUUGACUUUUCCUCUUUAUCGCUUCUUGGUAGUUCCGCCCUUCAUUUUCCAGG